AAUCGUGCAGUAUUUGUUUAUAUUACUUGAUAUUAAAUACUCCCGCGCCGGAAGCAAAGAUCGAACUUUGUGGCCGGAACAACCCCGUCGUUAAUUAACCUGUGUUGGGAAUCCCAACUUGGGAGCAGAAAAAUUUCACUUUCACCAAUAAAAAGGAACAUUGUUUAAAAGUUAGUGCUUCGUUAGCAAAAAGGUUCAAAAAUUAGAUCACAGUCAAACCCCGUUCGUUUGACAACGAUUGCGCUGAAAUUAAACCUAAUAAUAAACGUGCAAUAUUUAUUAUUAUUCCUAUUGCCGGUAGUGAAUUUGAACUUUGUGCGUAGAACAACUCCGUCAUAAAUUAAUCCGUGUUUGAAUCAAUAAAAAGGACACUUCUUUCCCGACAAACCGGAAUUAGAUUAAAUAAUUACAGUAAUACCCCGCUGGAUGGGCAACGGCUCUAGUUUGACAGGAUUGCGAAAUGCCGAGAAAAGAUCCGACUGCGCGGGCUAACCGGCCGCGUAAACGAAAUAAGCGAUCGCAAAGCCAACGAAAAGUGUGGAAAAAGAAGAAAGAAGCAGCGGCAAAACUCCAACAUGUUUCGGACGACUUCGUCGCGAACAACCUACUUGAGGAGUUUCCAAAACCCGAACCGUUUCCAGAGACCGACGAGGUUCCUGAGUGUCUCGUCAUCCCAGUUUUCCCCCAGAUCACCAAUGACCCCAAACCGGAGAUCCCACCUAGGAAGAAACCCGCCGUCAGCGUCCAACGCAAGCGUGUCCCCAAGGUUGACCGUUCCGCCUUUUGCGAACUUUGCCUGCGCAAAUGGCCUCCGGGACAGGCGGUGCGCUUCUCGUCCAGACCUAGCUGGGGCAGCUUGGACCCCGUCGAUGGUAAGCGGAAGGUGGUUCGAUGUUUAGGUAUCGAGGUGGAGUUGGAUGGGCGGUCGAUUUGCGCUAGCUGCUGGAAGAUGGUGGAGAUGUGGGUGGAUUUUCGGGAGAGUUGCCUGAAGGCCCGGGGGUGGAUGGACCGGUAUGAUUGUGGGUUGUUGGGGGAGGUUGAAGGAAAGGACAAUUGGAUCUCGGAGGAGACGGUGGAAUCGCUGGACAUUACACACUUGAUGGUGAGGAAUCAUAUUGACCGGAUCAACGGGGCGAAGGAAGGGGCAACAAGUAAUCAGUUGGUUGAGGACGUGGUUGAAGAUCUGGAGUUGGCGUUCGAGGUUGGAGAGGUGAAGCUUGAACUAGAUGAACCGCAGGAAGAGGUUGAGCUUUUCAACAAAGAAGCCGCAAUGGACGAGACUACAUACGAUAAUGUAGAACCUGCUGAAGAACCUACCGACUCCGUAAUUACGGAACCAAUCCAGAUCCAGGUCUUCACGUGUGCGCAAUGCUCGAUGAAGUUCGACAGGCGGCACAGCUACAGCAUCCACGUGAAUCGCUGCAAAGAUAAGACGCUGAACCCAAACCUGUUCAGUUGCCAUAUUUGCGGCGUAAGCUUCAAGGAAAACUUCAACCUCAAGUUCCACAUGAACCGUCACCGGGGCAUCAAACCGUACAGCUGCCGGGUGAAAUGCGAUGCCAGCUUUUACUCCUAUCACGUCAGACGGAAUCACGAGCUCAGAUGUGGCGCCGAUCCGCUCGUUUGCAUUACGUGUGGAGCUCUCAAGAAAACCAAGGAAGAGCUGGAAACUCACAUGCGGGUGCACGCCGAACCGACCGUUCCGUGUGAAACGUGUGGCAAACUGUUCCGGACGAUGCGUGCACAGCGGAAGCAUCAGUCGGCGCAUUCGGAUGAGCGGAAGUUUCGCUGCAAGGUGUGUGGGAAGGGCUUCAAGUCGUCGACUGCGCUGAACGUGCACCAGCGGAUUCACACCCAGGAGAAGCCGUACCCGUGCCAGAUUUGCGGGCAGGGCUUCGCGUACAAGUGUUUGGUGAAGCCGCACGUGAUGAAGUGUCACGCUGGGGGGUUGGACUAAGAGGAUGGAGAUGGCGGAGUUUUCAACUGACUCAAUUAAAUUAAACUCUAUAAACUGGUGAGGAAAGGCUU